AUGUCAGACGUAAUCCCUCCAAACGACCAUGGCAGUUACCCGGGAGACCAGCCAUGGCAUGUCCCUUUCCCAUCUCCACUUGGGACUCCAAGUAAAGAUCCCACGUCAUCUGGAAGUGAGGCUGACAACAAUGAUCCACUAGACAAAAUUGCUGAAGUGAAGCAUGACCUUCAAUAUUUGUGUACAGCUACGGAUUGGUGGGAAACGAAAUGUGAUAUUCAUGGCCAGGUGAUGGCAAACUUGACGAACAAGCUGAACAAAGCAUAUGCUAGAGAAGUGAACAAACAAUGA